AUGCCGCAGCCGGACGCCGAGGGGAGUCUGCGCCGGACUCCACCCCGCGGUGCCCCCUCCUCCAAGCCGCGCCCCCGGCCCCUUUAUAAUGCGCCGCCCCGCCGCCGCCUCCACCCCGUCCCACCAGCGCCGCAGCCGCCGCCUGCCGCCGCCCGCUCGCGCCGCAGCCCGCUAGCGCCGCGCCGCCGCCCCCGACGCCGCCCCGCCUCGCCGUUGCCCGCCGCCGCUGGAGAUCUCGCCGCCGCCGACCGCCGUUUUUUUUUGUUGAACCGGUAA